UUGUGGAAGUGUCUGAGGUGAAAACGGGAAGCAGGAACCGGGAAAUAGUGUAUAAUGAGACCACUGCUGCUGCGCCCUCCGCUCGGCUGCCUGGACACAGUUUUCGGCUCAUUUCGUGCUUCUAGAAACAAACUCGUCACACAAGCAGCAGCAGUUCCGCAUCUGUAUUAUUUCAGGAAAACGAUGCACUAUCAAACGGAGGAGAGAGGACGCCCCCAUUCUCCUGACUACCGGAUUUAUUUUAAAACAUCUGAUGGAAAAUACAUUUCACCUUUCCAUGACAUCUCACUCAUAGCGGAGACAGAACAGGACAAUGAUGUGCCAGCUAAAAAGCCCAAGAAGAAUGACAGUGAGGUGCUCUUUAACAUGGUGGUGGAGGUACCUCGAUGGUCAAAUGCUAAAAUGGAGAUUGCAACUAAGGAACCCCUGAACCCGAUCAAGCAAGAUGUGAAGAAAGGAAAGCUCCGGUAUGUUGCCAACAUAUUUCCCCACAAAGGUUACAUCUGGAAUUAUGGGGCGAUUCCACAGACGUGGGAAGACCCGAACCACACGGACGCAGAGACAAAGUGUUGUGGUGACAAUGAUCCCAUCGACGUUUGUGAGAUCGGCACCCAAGUGUGCUCUCCAGGUCAGGUGAUCCAGGUGAAAGUGCUCGGUAUCCUGGCCAUGAUCGAUGAGGGAGAAAUGGACUGGAAGGUCAUCGCUAUCAACGUUAAGGACCCUGACGCCAAAAAGCUGAACAGCAUAGAGGAUGUCCGCAAGAGCCGGCCUGGUCAUUUAGAGGCCACUGUCGACUGGUUCAGGAAAUACAAGGUUCCUGAUGGAAAGCCUGAGAACCAAUUUGGAUUCAACGGACAAUUUAAAGACAAGGACUUUGCAGUUGAGAUCAUAAUGUCCACCCAUGAGCACUGGAGGGCACUAGUGCAGAAGAAGUCAAACAGCGCAGGCAUCGCAUGCAAAAAUAUCUCCUGCUGUGAGAGCCCCUCUAAGUGCAGUGCAGAAGAGGCCAAAGAGGUGGUGGAAUCGGCCCCUGCAUUCGACAGUGCACAUGUUGCGUGUCCAGAAUUGGGCAAGUGGCAUUUUGUCUGAGGAUCUGAAGACAACAUGGAAACCAACUUGAAGCAGCUGAACACUUUUGAAUGCAGCUUGAUUGAUUUUUGGUAAGGACACAUUUUCAGCUGUAAAAAGUGCCAUCUGAGUUUAUCAACCAAUCAUUUGGAGUAAAACAAUGUAAUGGAAAUUCAAAGGACUUGAAAAUGGGACAGUGAAGAUCUGUAUGAGAUGUUUUUUUAGUGUCAUGUUGGACACCAGAUUGAUUUAUAAUAAUAUUUUUAAUUCAGAGGUUAAUCCCCCCCAAAAAUGUAUCUCCUUUUCCAUUGAAUUUUAAAUGAUAUUGUAUAUUUUCUGUAGUUUCUUUGUGUCAAAAGUCCAGGUCCAGCCUUAUAUGGGACUAAAGUCAUGAUACGUUUUUUUGGUUGGGCUUUAGGACUGUAAUCAGUUUCUGCGAGAAACCAUAACGCAGUUUGUUUGUAACACCGAUUCCUUUCCGUUUUGGUAAAUCAAAUAAAAAAACAAAUCCAUUAAUAAAG